UUAAUGUUUGUCGACACUGGUCUCUGAACUUGACAUGUGCGAAUUUCACAUUUUUUAUUGAAAUUUAAGUAACUCAAACUUUGAUAAUAAUUUGGAAAAUGGCUGAAUUUGUAGAAAUUGAAUGUAGUUUUUUAACAGCCAGAAGAAAAGUCCAAAGAGUUGGUAAUGCGUAUUUAAAUGCAAAAAAGAAAUUUCAUUCUGAGCACAUUGAGCGCAGUGAAUCUGAAGAAAAACUAUUUGCGGAUGAGUUCGUGGUAGAUAUAAAUUAUUUAAAAUCGUUGGAUCCGAAGGAAUGGAAAGAUCAAGAUCAUUAUGCUGUUUUGGGCUUGGGAAAAUUAAGGUUCGAAGCUACGGACGAUGAUAUUCGGCGUGCCUACCGAAAAAUGGUAUUGCAGCACCAUCCCGACAAGCGUAAAGCAAAAGGGGAAGAUGUUAAAACGGAUGAGGAUUAUUUUACAUGUAUAACUAAAGCAUAUGAAACUUUAGGUACACCAAAAACCAGACGCUCAUUUGACUCCGUUGAUCCAGAAUUCGAUGACUCCUUCCCAACUCAGGCCGAUAUAGAUAAUAAUUUUUACAAAUCUUUCCAAAAAUAUUUUAACCUAAAUUCUAGAUGGAGCGAGAAAAAGGGAGUGCCAUCUUUUGGUGAUGAAAAUUCUGUACGAGAGGAUGUUGAACGAUUCUAUAGUUUUUGGUAUGAUUUCAAGUCUUGGAGAGAGUUUAGUUAUUUAGAUGAAGAAGACAAAGAAAAGGGACAGGAUCGUGAUGAAAGAAGGUGGAUUGAAAAAGAGAACAAAGCAGCACGUAUAAAGAGAAAAAAGGAAGAAAUGAUGCGUAUCCGAGCUCUUGUCGACUUGGCUUACAAUAAUGAUAAACGUAUACAAAAAUUUAAGAAUGAAGAAAAGGAGCGUAAGUUGGCAGCUAAAAGGGCAAAGAUGGAUGCUGUACAAGCACAAAAGGCAGAGCAUGAAAGGGCAAUUCGUGAGGCUCAAUUGGCAAAAGAACGUGCUGAAAAGGCAGAACAAAAACGCAUAGAACAAAUACGCAUAGAAAAGGAACAAAUGAAAAAGGCCUUGAAGAAGGAACGCAAACUUUUACGUGAUAAAGCUAAAGAAAGUAAGUACUUUGGUAAUAACGAUAAGGAUGUUCUUAAGAAUAUGGAAGGAGUCGAAAAAAUUUGUGAGACUUUUAACAUAUCAGAGCUACAAGAGUUGAACAAAAAAAUGGUGGAAAAAAGUGCAAGAGAUAGUUUUUUUGCUGCUCUUAAACAGGCUGAUUUAAAAAUUAAAGCUGACUUGGACGAAAUUAAUCAAUUACAAAACAAAAAUAGAACUGGACCUGUGAAAACAGAAAAUAUCGUUAAAGAAGUUAAAAAGGCCGAGCUGUGGAGCAAUGAAAAUGUUCAAUUGUUGAUCAAAGCAGUAAAUUUGUUCCCUGCUGGUACAUCUCAGCGAUGGGAUGUAAUUGCUUCAUUUAUAAAUCAACACUCGUCUGGUAACAGCAAUGUAUCAGCUCGAGACGUACUUAAUAAGGCUAAAGCUUUACAAAAUAGCGAUUUUUCAAAAAGUUCUCUCAAAACACAAGCUAAUGCAAGCGCGUACGAAAGUUUUGAAAAAUCGAAAAAAGAUGUCGUUGUAUCUUCUGAUAUAACCGUCAACUCUGAAGUUGCCAAUACCGAUAGCAGCAGUGACACCAAAGAAAAUCAAACUAACGGCAACAACAUUAGCAAUUGUUCGAAAAGUACAACUCCCGGAAAUGCAAAUUCAAUGAAAUCAUCGAAAUCUUCCUCUGCUGCAACUGCAAAAACUUGGACGAAGGAGGAACAGGCUUUAUUGGAACAAGCUAUCAAGACUUAUCCAAUAUCCACUCCGGAUCGUUGGGAUCGUAUUGCUGAAUGUAUACCUAAUAGAACAAAAAAAGAUUGUCUGCGUAGGGUCAAGGAGCUUGUCGAGUUGGUUAAUUCCAAAAAAGAAGCCCAACAAGCAGUGAAAUGAUUUAAUUCAAUAAAUAUUCUAUUUAAAUAAACAGUUUU